AUGGCCCGGGCUCCCCGCUCCGGUGGCCUUCUGCCUCCUCUCUCUAACGUACCCCCGUCUUGGGCGUAUCCCGUGGGCGCUGGGAAUGAACUGGGCGAGAGGGUUCGCGGAGGGUCGGGGCUGCUGGCUGCGGGGAGCGUCCCGCGCCCGGACUCCGACAGACAGCCGUGGGAGCCCGCAUCGGCGAGCGGCCCGAUGCCUCUCGCUCUGCAGCGGCUCCGGGCCGUGUUGCUCCAUCUGCACCGCGAGCGGGAGCAGCUCCUGCGGGCCCGGAACUGCGCCCGCCACCUGCAGGCGGUCGUGCGGUUGCUCCGCUCCUGCUCGUCCGCUAGUGCCCUCUCCCUGCAGCAGCUGCACGGCGACCUACAGCUGUGCCCUUCGCGUGGGGCGGCUCUGCGCCUCCGCCUCCCGGGCCCCACGGAGACGCUUCUCCUGCUACAGGGACAAGCAGGGAGCUGCGUCCCUGGGGCCGCGCGCCCCUUCCCUGCGGCCCGUGUGCUCCACCUCCUGGCUGCAGAGCGGGGUUGUCGGGUGGCACAUAGGCUGGCUGAGGCCCUCGGCGGACCGGGCUUGCAAGACCAACUCCGUCGGCACUGCGACGAGGAGCGAGAGCUGCUGCCGGGGCUGCUGGGUCUAAUAGGGGGCGUGGCUAGCACCGACAGCAGUGGACUGAGACUUGGAGGGCCUGGAGCCCUGUGGAGCCAGUAUUGGACUUUGCUGUGGGGAGCCUGUGCUCAGAGUCUGGACCUAAGCGUGGGACCCUGGGGAGACCUCAGAGCAGUGGCACAACAGCUGAGUCGGGCACUGUGUCAAGCAUCCCUGCCUCAAGAGUGUGAGAAGGAGCUCUUGGCUUUGUGUGGCAGCCUACUUCAUCGGUCUCUUAUCUGCAACUGGGACCAAGGGUUCUGCCAGGCCUUGGGAUCAUCCCUGGUGGGUCAGAGCGGCCCUGCUUCACUAGCUCCUACUGCUGAGCUGUUGCAGGGGCUUUUUCCUCCACUCUUGGACACCCUUCGAGAGCCGAGGGCAGAACUUAGCCUGUGUCUGCCUCCAGGCCCUGCACCUGUCGCUCUGGGGCUCUGUACCCUGCAGACCACCUUGCUCUGGUUCUUGGGCAGAGUUCAGCAGCACCUGGCAGCAUGGGCUCCCAGCUCCUUCCUGCUCCUGAUCCAAAAGUAUUUGCCUCCUCUACUGCGUGCAGUGGAAGAUCUGUCCAGCCUGGCCUCAGAGGCAAACUUAACCCUGGAUAUGGAACAACAGCUGGGCCUCGAGAUCCAGAAGCUGACUGCAAAGAUGCAGGUGAGAGCACAGAUGCAGGUGACAGCACAGGUGCUAAUGAGUGUACAGAUCCAGGUGAGAGCACAGGUGCAGGUGAGAGCACAGGUGCAGAUUAGUGCACAGAUCCAGGAGAGAGCACAGGUGCUGAUGAGUGCACAGAUGCAGCUCCUGCCUGAAGAGUCGCUGAGUCUCUUUUUCCAAGAAUGCCAUAAACAAGCCACACAGGGCUUCAAGCUCCACAUGCCAAAGGGUCGAUACUGGCGGCUUCGACUAAGUCCCGAACAUCCCAGUGCUCCUAGCGAGUAUGCAGGGAUGGUGGUCUACACUGUGUUGGAGCCCGUGCUGCGAGGACUGCAGGGAUUGUCACCCGAAGCCCAAGCCCCCGCCCUCAGCCAGGCACUAACAGCCAUACUGGGUGCCUGGCUUGAUCACAUCCUCACCCAUGGGAUCCGGUUCAGCCUGCAGGGGGCGCUGCAGCUCAAACAAGACUUCGGAGUGGUCAGGGAGGUCCUGGAACAGGAGCAGUGGGGCCUGUCCCGGGAGCUUCGUCAGACUCUGCUGUCACUCAGCAUCUUCCAGCGGCUAGAUGGGGCCCUGCUGUGUCUCCUGCAGCAGCCCCUGCCCAAGAGUCCAGUCCACAGAAGGCCUCCCUGUUGCUGUUUUUGUAAUGAAGUCCAGACCACUGAACUGCCCACCAGCAGCCUCAACAGCCUGGAAAGCUUGGCUCCCCCUCUCCGUAUUUGCGGACCGCCCACUCUGGGUCCCUUGGCGGCCCGGGAGGACAGCCGCUACAAGUCGCGCAGAGGCCGCCGGAAGCGGUCCGUUCCAAUAAAGCGAUCCCCAGCACUACUUCCGGAGCAGAGGUAA